GCGUUUGUCUAUAUGCAACUGGUGGCGUCGCAUGAACUGCAUAUGGUAAUUACUUCUCCAUUUAUGGGUAACAUUGUUCGCACCUCGAUACCUUGUAUUCAGAGCGCCUUGUUCUAACUCGUGCCUCGUUUGUCCUCGAAGACGACCAGUAUCCUGGCUACUGAUGUCUUGUUUUUUGCUGAGGCAUUAUAAAAUCCCUCCAGACUAUUGCUUGUCCCAGUAACGACCUUUCAUCAUGCUUUUCUUCGGUCCUACUGUCUUACGCGGUACAGACAACAUCCGGCAGUAUACUGCAAAAUGUCAACUCCCGGAAAUGCCUUACGUUGCAGAUGCCCCACAGAUACCUCUUCCCGGACACAAGACUCACAUGAACCGCCUUCACAUUCGACCUGAAAAGUACAGACGGUUAAAUAUGAUAGAUUGUGAAACAUUUAUGAACAUAGGACCUACGAUAACGCAAUGGACGCAACGCGUUUUUCCAGACAAGCCCCUCAAAAUGAAUGACUUGGAUGAGGAGACCGGCGAGAACCUAACUCUGCCGUGUCCAGCGGCAUACAAUUUUGCCAUCGCGGAUAUAUGGCAUACUGCAGCUGUUGAUAUCCACAGAUUUGCUGGCUGGCUAGACACUUUCCCUUUGACGACCACUCAACGCCUGCUUCACCUUACUUUCCCGAUUCAAACAAAAACAUGGCAUUUUAAACUUAAACAAGAUCGUGAUAAGGAACUCUUCCAGUACUUUCUAUGGACCUCACCCCAGCUCGAGGCCUCGAAGACGAGACAUUCGCUCGAUCCAGAUGCCCUCGAAAUGAUGACGAGGAAGUCUGUGGUGAUCGCCUUUCAACCACCAUGGAUAAUGUCGCCUGCCGAUUUGAAGGAAUUCGUUGAAUGUCGGACGUUCCCUCCUUAUCGGAGCGAUACGCCGGGCUAUCUAGAGAGUAAGCACCGUGUAUGGGGAAAGCUGUGGGACGUGUGUGUGACAAACGAGUCUCAGUUCUUCGUCUUGACUACCUACGAUCAAUGGGUGUUUGGGACGUUCUCUCAGAGAUGGACAGGAGUCUUUUUCAGUCCAAUAUAUGACUUCGACUCGACCGACCCAAGUAUUGCCGAGUGUUUAACAUUCUGGAUUGCUGCUGCCAUGAGAAUAUCAAGGACGUUUGUCCUCCCCAAGCUUCCAGAACCUGUCGGCUUACCUCCAAUUAUUAUUGAGCCGAGUGAUGACCCUAUAGAGUAUUAUCAAUCCGAAUCCAAUUGGACCGGUAAAAGUUCAGAUUACGCUGCAUCGGCAGGUGUUGUACUCGACAACGUAUCACUCGUGUCUGAUGCAGGCGUAUUUGACAUGAUGUCCCCGAUCAAUAAGCCUGAACCGACCGCGGUCAGUAGUAAUAUUCACAACUGGAUGGCCAAUCUACCUGAAGUCAUGAGUGAAGUGCCGAACCACCUAACGCAGCACCAGACAGAGGCUGUUUCAUUCCAACAUAUUUCCACUGAAUCUCAACCUGGAAUAUUCUACUAUUAAACACAUCCUGUACCUUUUAGUGUAAUAUAUCUGUCCAUAACGCGUCUUCCGCAUUUUGCUUCCGUUUGAUAAUUAAGAUUGAC